GUAAACUCGGGCAUAUCCCUCGUAAACUCGGGCAAAGCACAGAAUUACCAAGCAGCGGUUACAGAAGAGCAGAUCACAGACUGUACGAGAGGGUGAACGUAUACUGCAUGAUCCCCGGUACUACGUAAAUAAAUGUACCUUAGGGAACAGGCAUGUAAGCCCACUGACCAUACUAUUUUGCUCGUUCUUCCAGUCGUGGUCGGUUCACUCGGAUUUACUAUAUGCUUUUUUGUAACACGACUUAAACUUCGCCAUAUCGUGUAGACAUUAUGGCGUCCGAAAGUUUCGACUUUGUUAUCGUCGGCGGAGGACUAGCGGGCCUCGUCUUAGCAUCUCGGCUGUCAGAGGAUCCCGCCGUCCAGGUCCUUGUUAUCGAGGCAGGCGAAGAUCAGACGGCUGACCCCCGAGUCAACGUCCCUGCUAUGUGGCCUACUUUACUCAAUACCCCUUCCGCAUAUAGUUUCAGGACCGUGCCUCAGAAAGGACUUGAAAAUCGAGAGAUCUGGUUCCCCCUAGGCCGCUUGCUUGGAGGAUCUAGCGCACUAAACGGCUUAGCCUUCAGUAUAACCUCGAAAGCUAACGUCGAUGCUUGGGAAGCUCUAGGAAACCCGGGAUGGGGCUGGUCGAGCUUCUCCGAGUCCUUCAAAAAGGCGUAUAGCUUGCCUUCGGAGGGGGCAGACGCUAAAGGCCCGGUCCAACUUGCUAUCCCCGACGAAGACACUGAGUGGCCACGAGUUUGGAAGGAAACGCUUACUGCGCUCGGCUUCCCAGUAACCGAUGAUCCGUUUUCGGGGCAACUUUCCGGUGGCCUGAUCGUCACAGAUUCUUUACAUCCUACUACAAAACAGAGGAGCUACGUCGGAAAUGCGUACCUCGAGGCCGCACGACCUCGGAGCAAUCUCACCAUCUGGACCAAGGCUCUGACGGAGAAGAUCAUAUUCGACAAGUCAGAUAUUCCCGUAGCUACCGGUGUCCAAGUUAAUAAAGAUGGGGAAACGAAAAUCGUAGGAGCUCGCAAAGAGGUUAUCAUCUCAGCGGGCGCGAUCAACUCGCCCAAGGUAUUGGAGCUUUCGGGUAUCGGCGAUGCGAAACUCCUACAAUCACUUGGCAUCGACGUUGUAGUUGAUAACCCAAACGUUGGAGAGAACCUUCAAAACCACCCCUUGAUCACUUUGAGCUUCGAGACUCGAGGACAAGCCGGCUUUGAGACCAUAGACAAGCUUGCCAGGCAAGACCAGGCAGCCCUCGGUGCUGCUAUGGAAGCUUACUCAAAACAGAAGGGUCCCUUUGCCAAGAGCAAUUCGAAUAUAGCUGCACAGCUCCCAUUUCCAGGGGUAAAGAGUGAGCAAGGGAAACAAGAACUAGAGAAAGUAUUGCAAAGUGCGAGCUCUACAGUUCCCGACAAACCUACAUCGCUUGCAGAGGCCCACGAAUCGUUUGUUCGAUCCAUCCUCGCGUCACCUACCGAGGCGUCCGGAUGCUACCUCGCGAUCCCCGGUUACGCAGGAUCCAACAGCGACGGGACGAUGGCCGGCCCGCCUCCUGGAGACGAGAGUUGGCUGAGUUUUGUACUGCUCCUAGCACACCCGCUCUCGCGCGGUUCCGUACACAUCACCAAAACCUCCGCCGACUUGCCAGCCCUAGCCAUCGACCCCCAAUACUUCAGCCACCCCCUCGAUCUCGAGGUGUUCGCGCGUCAUCUACAAUUUGUGGAGAAGUUUGCCCAGACCGAACCGCUAGCCAGCGCGCUGAAGCUAGAUGGCAGACGCACGCCGACGGCGCCACCGCUGGGCAGCUUCGCGGACUUGGACAAGGUUAAGGAGUAUAUACGCAAGACGGCGGUUGGGGCGCACCAUUUUACAGGCACGUGUGCUAUGGCCCCGCGAGAGUUGGGGGGUGUUGUUGAUGCGCAGUUGCGCGUGUAUGGGACUCGGAAUCUACGUGUCUGCGAUGCGAGCAUUAUCCCUAUUACGCCUCGCACGAACCCGCAGGCUACGGUUUACGGCGUCGCGGAACAUGGGGCUCAGAUUAUAAAGGCGACCUCGUGAGAGCUGUGGGUUAAGUGGCUUACAAGAGGGCGGUGUUUUAGUGUGACGACGGUUGGAGUCUCAUCAUGGAAACCUUGUCUGGACGAAGGCACCAGACGCAAUAUGUAUGGUGUAAAGCUAUAGUUGAACGAUGCUACGAUAAUAAAUUAACAUCGAGAUUCCAUCUCACAAAGAUGAGCAAUUGACUCUUGUUGAAGAUAC